AUGUCCAAGGCCAAGGCCACUACCGCUGCCCCGAAGUUUGAAAUCCCCGACGUGGAUGUGAACCCGUUCAAGCUGGCCGCCGUGGGCAACCUACAGAUCCUCAAGACCCUGGUGAACCCCACGGGGAACAAGGAAGGCGAGUAUCAAGGCAAACCCAUUGAUGUGAAUGCAAAGGACGUCUAUGGGUGCACACCCAUGAUCUGGGCGGCUCGGAAUGGCUACUUUGAGCUGUUUGAGUUCCUCGUGGCGAAUGGUUCGGACAUUGACACUACAUCGUUUGGCGGCAUGACAGCGCUGCACCACGCCGUGAAUCACUGCCGACUCAACGUCGUCACAAAACUCAUCGAGUUGGGGGCGAGCAUCGACAUCAAGGACGACAGUGGCAACACUCCUCUGCACCUAGGUGCAGGUCGAGGCAUUCUGAAUCCGGUGCUGUCGCUGCUUGCGGCCGGCGCCAACAUCAACGAAACCAACGCCCAAGGCAUCACCCCUCUGCACAAAGCCGCAAGCGCGGGCCACUUUCCAUGCGUGGAAAAACUGUUGGAGAAUCGAGCCGACCCAAAUGCAGCCAAUGUGGAAGGGAACACGAGCUUGCAUUUAGCGGCCAAAGGUGGCUUUGACAAUAUUGUGCAUGUGCUGGUCGAUUCCAAGGCGAACAUUACGCUCAAGAACAAGGCGGGCAAGACAGCCAAGGACCUCGCGCUGACCCCCGAAAUAGCCAGACGCUUGUGAUGGAUAUCAUGUGUGCAUUCAUUCACUGAACGAGUUCGAAC